AUGACAUCCAAAGCCUUGUUCUCAUUGUUUCCACGUUCGAGCAAGAACAAGAAGGAAAGAGAGAGAUCAUUCUUGGAUAAUGGAAGCAUCUUACUAGAGGAUACCAUUGCUUCUUGUGAUGGAAAAUCUAAUCCUAUUCGCUCUUACUCAGCUGCUGAGCUCGUCAGGGCUACCAACAACUUCGAUCUUUCUCGCAUCAUAUACAAGAUGAUGGAGACUGCCAAAUGUUCAAGGGUGUUCUAG